CGCGGGCAGCCGGGGAGGGGGAUCGUGCGAUCGCGAGUGACGGGCGCCGAGCGUGGGCGUGUGCGCGGGAGGGCGCGCGUGGUGCCCCGCGCGGGGCAGCGCAGGGCCUGCGGGGGCUGCUGUGAUGCGGGAGGGGCGUGCGGACCCUGAGCUGGCUCUGCUGCGGCUGAGUGUCGCCGAGCCCAGUGGCCUGCUGCUUCCUGCGUCUUCUCCCCUCCCGGCCCCGGGGGCUGCCGCAGAGCGGUGGGCACAGCAGCGGGUCGUACCGUUAUCCCAAAGAAGGACCGCAAGGAGGAUGAGAGUACUAUUGCGGCGCGUCUGAAAGUCAAGGGAGAGGAAGCAUGAGGAAGAUUGACCGGUUUUGUAAUUCUAAAAACAUGGUCCACGGAUCGGUGACGUUCGCGGACGUGGCCGUCAGCUUCUCUCAGGAGGAGUGGGCGUGUCUCAGCCCCGCUCAGAAGGCCUUGUACCGCGAUGUGAUGUUGGACAACUACAGCCACCUGGCCUCACUCGGAGGAAGUUCCAUUUCUAAGCCAGAUGUCAUUACCCUCCUGGAGCAGGAGAAAGAGCCGUGGAUGGGUGUGAGGAAAGAAACAGGCGGACGGAACCCAGAUUUGCAGUCAAACUCUGGAGCUGACAAGUCAUCUACAGAAAAUGAUAUUUAUGAAAUAAAUUUGCCCAAACAGAGUGUAAAGGAAAUAAGUAAAACUCCUGGCCUCAAGGCCUCCAGUUUUAGAAAUGAUUCAAAACACAGAAGUAAAUUUGAGGGACCACAGGGACAUCAAGAGGGACAUGUCAAUCAAAAGAUAAUCAGCCAGGAAAAAAUGCCCACUUACACUCGCCGCACUUCUCUUAUUCACAAUACAGAUAAACCAUAUGAAUGUAAGGAGUGUGGGAAGUUCUUUAGUCGUGGUUCAAGUCUUAUUCAGCAUCAGAGUAUUCAUACUGGAGAGAAACCCUUUGAAUGUAAGGACUGUGGGAAGACCUUUAGGCUUUAUCUGCAACUUACUCGACAUCAGAAAUUUCAUACUGGUGAGAAACCCUUUAAAUGUAAGGAAUGUGGGAAAGGUUUUAAUUUUCCCACUCUACUUAAUCGCCAUAAGAGCAUUCACACAGGUGAGAAACCAUUUGAAUGUAAAGAAUGUGGGAAAUCCUUUAAUCGUAGCUCAAACCUUGUUCAACACCAGAGUAUUCAUGCUGGUAUGAAACCAUAUGAAUGUAAGGAAUGUGGGAAAGGCUUUAAUCGUGGUUCCAAUCUUGUUAAGCAUCAGAAAAUUCAUUCUAGUGAGAAACCCUUUGUGUGUAAGGAGUGUGGGAAGGGCUUUAAUUAUCAUUACCAACUUAUUGAACACGGCCGAAUUCAUACUGGCAAGAAACCCUUUGAAUGUAAAGAUUGUGGGAAGGCCUUUAGUCUUCUGAUACAGUUUGCUCGACAUCAGAACAUUCAUACUGGUGAGAAACCAUUUGAAUGUAAGGAAUGUGGGAAGGUCUUCAAUCGUGGCUCGAAUCUUAUUCAACAUCAGACUAUUCAUACUGGUGAGAAACCCUAUGAAUGUAAGGACUGUGGAAAGGCUUUUAGACUUCACCUACAGCUUUCUCGGCAUCAGAAAAUUCAUACUGCUCAGAAAUCCUUUGAAUGUAAGGAAUGUGGGAUAGCCUUCAGACAUCAGUACCAACUUAUUGAACAUCAGCGAAUACAUACAGGUGUGAAACCUUACGAAUGUAAGGAAUGUGGGAAAUGCUUUCGUCGUCGUUCAAACCUUAUUCAGCAUCGGAGCGUUCAUACUGGAAAGAAACCCUUUGAAUGUAAAGAAUGUGGGAAGACCUUUAGACUUCGUAUACAACUUAUUCGGCAUCAGAUAUUUCAUACUGGUGAGAAGCCUUUUGAAUGUAAGGAAUGUGGAAAAGCCUUUAGUCUUCCUACCCAGCUUAAUCGCCACAAGAAGAUUCAUACAGGGGAGAAACCAUUUGAAUGUAAAGAUUGUGGGAAGUCCUUUAAUCGUGAGUCAAACCUCGUUCAACAUCAGAGCAUUCAUGCUGGUCUGAAACCAUAUGAAUGUAAGCAGUGUGGGAAAGGCUUUAAUCGUGGUUCAAACCUUAUUCAGCAUCAGAAAAUUCAUUCUAGUGAGAAACCCUUUGUAUGUAAGGAGUGUGGGAAGGCCUUUAGAUAUCAUUACCGACUUAUUGAACAUCGUAGAAUGCAUACCGGUGAGAAACCCUUUGAAUGUAAGGAAUGUGGAAAGGCCUUUAGUCUUCUGACACAGUUUACUCGACAUCAGAACAUUCAUAGUGGUGAGAAGACAUUUGCGUGUAAGGAAUGUGGGAAGACCUUCAAUCGUGGCUCGAAUCUUAUUCAACAUCAGACUAUUCAUACUGGUGAGAAACCCUAUGAAUGUAAGGACUGUGGAAAGGCUUUUAGACUUCACCUACAGCUUUCUCGGCAUCAGAAAACUCAUACUGGUGAGAAACCCUUUGAAUGUAAGGAAUGUGGGAUAGCUUUCAGACAUCAGUACCAACUUAUUGAACAUCAGCGAAUACAUACAGGUGUGAAGCCAUGUGAAUGCAAGGAAUGUGGAAAGGGCUUUAGUCAUGCUACAGACCUUAGAGUACAUCAGAGAAUUCAUACUGGUGAGAAACCCUUUGAAUGUAAGGAAUGUGGGAAGGCCUUUCGACAUCAUUACCAGUUUCUUGGGCAUUACAGAAUUCAUACUGGUGACAACCCCUAUGAAUGUAAGGAAUGUGGGAAAUGCUUCACUCGUGGUAGAGACCUUAGAAUACAUCAGAGAAUUCAUACAGGUGAGAAACCAUAUCAAUGUGAAGAAUGUGGGAAGGCCUUUAGUCGUAGCUCAAACCUUAUUCAACAUAUUAAAAUUCAUACUGGUAAGAAACCCUAUGAUUGUAAAGAAUGUGAAAAGGCCUUUAGCAGUAAUUAUGAACUGACUGUGCAUCAGAGAAUUCAUACUGGUGAGAAACCUUAUGAAUGUAAGGAAUGUGGGAAAACUUUUAGACUUAGCUCAGUCUUUACUGCACAUCAGAGAAUUCAUACGGGUUUGAAACCCUAUAAGUGUAAAGAAUGUGGAAAGACCUUUAGCUGUAGCUCAAACCUUGUUCAACAUGAGAGAAUUCAUACUGGUGAGAAACCUUAUGAAUGUAAGGAAUGUGGGAAAACUUUUAGACUUAGUUCAGUGUUUAUUGCCCAUCACAGAAUUCAUACAGGUCUGAAACCCUAUGAAUGUAAAGAAUGUGGGAAAGCUUUUACUGUGAAUGGUCAGCUUACUCGACAUCAGAAAAUUCAUAAUCACCAGAAGUCCUAUGAAUAUAAGGAAUGUGGGCAAACCUUAACUGGGUGUGAACAGUUGACUCAACAACAGAGAAUGCAUACUGGGGAGAAAUCCCGUGAGUAUAAAAGAAUGCGGGGAGACCUUUCAUCAUGGUCUGAGAUUGGCUCUGACAGCACAGUAUGUGUACUGGUGAGAAACUCUGAGUGUAAGUAACGUGGGAAUAUUUGUAGUCACAGUAAACACCUUAGUGUUCAGAGAGGCCUUCUGAUGAGAAAGUCUUUGAAUGUAAGGAAUAUGGGGUAGCCUUCGUCUUCACAAUUUACUAACCAUAAAAGAUAUUUUACUAGAUGUGUUAACUUCAUAAACUAGAGAAAAACUCUUACUGGAACAAAUGUAAGAAAAUGUCUACCUGAGGCACAUACUUUAUCAUCAUUGCCAUUUCACUACCUGUGUGACAUCGGGCUGGAUGCUUAUCUUUUUGCAUCCUUUGUAAUGGCAACACUAGGUAGUGUUGUUGUACAAUUAUGGGAAUAAAUGUGUUAUAGUACAUAUUAAAUCCUUGAAAGAGUAUUUGGCACAUGCCUGUGCUCAUAAAGAAUAGCUUUACGUUGUUUCAUUAGCAUUACUGCUAUUGAUGUGAGAGGAAAUUGGAUUAUUACAAAUAAUUUAGAAAAGCCUCAUCCAUUCAUCCAUUUUUUAAUUUUAAAUAACUUCUGGAUAAAAUCUAGUAGGAUGUAAAGAACAGAAGAGAAUUUUCAUGAAGAGCUCAUUCCUUAAGUUAUGUCAGAAAGUUAAUGCUGGAAGAAACCCUGUGGGUUUAAUGAGUGUGGAGGUGUUGAAAAUACAGUUGUUGAAGAAUCAGGGGGAGUUUUUGAAGCAAUUUCUCUAUAAAAAUUUCAAUAGGCAGAAAAACAUAUAAUUGAUGUUCUCUGUCCAGAAGUUGAGAUCAAUCAGAUAUUCACAAAAGAAUAGCAAAAUUAAAACUAUCCACUUAUGUAUUAUCCAACUCUUUAUCAUGAAAAUUUUUACACAUAUGGCAAAGUUGAAACUAUAAAUAAAUAUCCAUACACCCUACCUAGAUUCAAAGUUAUUAACAAUUUCGCAUGUUUAUUUUUCUGUGUAUUUUUUGUUGUACCAUUGAGAACAUGUUUUAGACACCAUGAUUCUUUACCCCUUAUCGCAUCAGUAUGUGUCUCCCAAACAUAAAGGCAGGCUCUUCUGUAGCCAUGGUACCAUAAUUACCCUUAAGGAAAUCAUUCAUAAUUCCACAGUAUCUAUCUUAUAUUCACAUUUCUUUAUUGGCCUCUCAAAUGCUUUUUACAGCUGUUUCUUUUCUUAGGAGAAUGCAUUCCAGAUUCUGCACUGUAUUUGGUUGUUAGCUCUCUUUAGUCUCUUUUAGUCUGGAACAGUGACUCAAAUUUUCUUAGGUGUCAGAGUCACCUGUGGAACUUGGUAAAAAUAAGCUCGGGCCCUGUCCUGCCGUCCUUCACUGAGCCGGGGCCUCUGUGUUCUGUACCAGUUCUUUAGGUGAUUCGGAUAUGCACCACAGAGAGCCACUGGUCUAGAACAUUCUCUCUUUUUUUGAUGUUGACUUGAGAAGUCUAGGAAAAUUGUCUGCCAGGUGUUUGAUUUUUUGUUUCUUUCUAGUGUCAUUUAGCCUUGCUCUAUCCUUUAUAGAGCAAGUUAGGUCUAGCGGCUCCAUUAUGUUCAGAUUAAAUGUAUUUUGAGGGAAGAAUACUUUGUAAUGUUUGUAUGUCACAGCAUGUCAGAAAACAUAUAAGGGCAGGUUGUCACUUUGUUGGUGAAACUGAGUUUGAUCAUUUAGGUAAGAUGCUGGCUUUCAGAUCCCUGUUGUCAAGCUCUAGUUUGCAGCUGGUAAGUAAUUUGUGUGGAGAGUUUGUCACCUCUUUGGAAAUUUAUAAUCAUGUGUAUUUAAAUCCUGGAUCAAACGGAAAAUAAAAAUUGAAAUAGACAAUUCAGGAAUGAACGACAUUAAGAUGUCAACAUAAUUGAACUUGUGGGAUGUGAGUGAAGCCGC